AUGUCCACCACGGAAGCAAAACUUCGUCACCUUAGAAUAAUUGACCUUAAAGAGUUAUUGGUUAAAAAAGGGUUACCUGUAUCUGGAAAGAAGGAGGAAUUGAUUGCUAGGAUUUUGGCAACGGAAGAUAAAAAACCGGAAGACAUCACAAACCAGAGUAAAGAUAUGGACAUAAGUGCUACUAGUAUCAACUUUAUUAGCAAUAACGACAAUACCCAAAUGACUAUCAAAACAGAAUCAAAGAAUGGCAGUUCAGAUCCGUAUGGAAUUGAAACUGCUGGAUUGGAUGAUUGGGAUAAAUUCACCACCGAAGAUAUUGCAAAUUUAUCUAAAGAAUCGGAUUUCGAUUUUCCCACUUCACCUUCAUUUUCUGUUGCCUCUAAUAAAGAGUUCACAUCUGAUAAAGAAAAGGCUGAGGUAUCCAAAGAAAAUUAUAAGAAACCGGACGAAAAAAAUGAUACUUUUAAAACCCUUGAAAAUGACACAAAAUCCGAUAUUCUUGUCAAACCAUCUGGUUUUACUUGUAAAAAAAUUGUAUUUGACGAAGAACCUACGUCACAAGUCGCUAAACCCCAGUCAAACUUGGCAGCGGAAUUAGAAAGAAGGAAAAAGCGUGCUGAACGUUUUGGAAUUCAAUUGUCCGAUGCAGAUAAAAAACUUCAAAGGGCAGCUCGGUUUGGAAUCGAAGCUUCAAUUCCGAUAGAUUCUCCACUCAAAGAUGAAGAGAAACUAAGAAAACGUGCAGAAAAGUUUGGUCUCGAUAAUGUACAAGUAAAAAGCCCAAACUCUGCGAAUUCUUUGAGUGAAGAGGAAAAAAAGAGAAAGAGAACCGAGAAAUUUGAAACGGAGGUUACCGCUUCAUCAACUGCUACGCCUGAUUUUACUCCAACUCCAUUAAACCCAUCCUCGUUAUCAACAUUGAGUGAAGAAGAAAGAAAAAAGAGGAGGGCUGAGAGAUUCGCUAUGAACAGCGCUGAAUCAUCGAGCAAGAAAUUAAAGACUUAG